AUGGCGGAUCAGUUUCAUGUCGUGCUCGCGACAGACUGGGAUGCUCGCAUUCCCGGCUACCGGAAGCGCAAAGUGUUCCCCAGAACCAAGUCUGGCUGCUCCACCUGCAAGUCCAAGAAAGUAAAGUGCGAUGAGAAGAGGCCGGUUUGUGUCCGGUGCGUGAGAAAUGGACGGCAGUGCUACUACAGCGAAGACGGACCUCCCCCGUCAAACCAACUGAUCGCGAGAUCCAGAGCAGGAAUCGGGAUUCCCCCUAGCGGAUUCUCUCUGUGUCUUUUUACCUUGAAUACGCCCUCUCCUUUUCCUCUGUUGAACGCCAAGAACGGCACUCCGAUGUUGGAACUCAUGCAGUAUUGUGAGAGUCGUUGGGGGGAUAUCUUGCACGUGGAGUUCACUGAUGUUUUCAAAUUCAUGUUUCAAUCCAGCCAUUUGAUUCGCAAUGUCGUUCUCGGGAUCACGGCAUGCAAUCUUCGACACCUUGCUGGAGACAACUUGCGUCACCAGAUCGCCGAACAUUUCUACCAAUCGUUGGCAGUCCAGGAGUGGAAUGCUCCUGAAUAUUCUCUGCUUUCCAUUGCCCCCAAGGGCUCCUUAUAA